CCAUUUUGGCUCAAGUGUUUUUCUGCCUCGACGGCGGCCGCGCCCUGUCCCCCUCCGGUGCCGUGGGGCCGCCCCGCCAAGGGGAGGAGCGCCCUCCCCUCUUCGAGCAUGGCCCGCGAUCGGGCCACUCGACGAGCCGAGGCGGCGUGCCGCCAGUCCGCGCCCACGUCCGCCUCGCGCCUCGCCGCGGCGCGGCCGGACGCGAAGCCGGAGCCCCCCAGGCCGCCUCUGCACAAACCCUCGGACGUCAUGUGGGAGGUGCCUCCGCUGUACUUGCCGACUGUGUGCUUCGAGCUGCAUUCACCGAGGAGACUUGCGAGCGGUGGUUCGUCGCUCUGCAGCACUCCUGGGCGCACCGCUGGCGGAGACUCCGCGGAGGGAGACUUCCCGCGGGCCGACGGCGAGAGCGAGGACCACGACGAGGCCUGCAUUUUCUCGUUCGAGGAGGACGAGUCCAAGCCGACGUGGAGUUACUCCACCGGCGGGCCCGCGCAGAUGCACCUGGUUGAGCUGGAGGGGGACGAGGCCGAGGACAUUGGCCAGCGCAAGCACGUCGACAUUUGGAGGCAGUCGCGGAGCUCGAAGCAGGCGUUCGGAACUGUCGGCGCGGAACCCGACCGGCUUGGCGCCAGCCCCGUGCUCCUGUCAGCCCUCGAGCGGGUGGCCGCCGAGGCUGGGAGCUUCGACGCGUCCGAUGCGGCCGCCGCAGGCUGGCGCCAGUGA